CUCCCGUUCUCUUUGUUCAUUGCUCAGCAUAAGGCAACGUCUCACACACCGGAAGCAGAGAUCUAAUGCUGGGUGAGCAAUAAGUGGCCUUUACAAACACAACAAGUGGCAGUAGAGGAUCUGGAGUAAUACAAGAUUAAUACACAAAUAAUCCACACGUAGGAGAGAGGAGCGUAGACGACGUUUAGCUCCGAAUUGGACCAUUUAUAUUGGUGGGCCGUUGAGUAUGAAGUCUCAUAGAGGUCAAGCUUGCCAGGGAAGUGUGAAAGGAGAAUUCUAAGACAGACUCCGCUUCAUGCACAGGGGAGUGAGACCCAUUGGUCCUUCGUCCCAAUUUUCUUUUCCAAAGACGUGGACCACGGGAGAGUGUGAUGCUAUUCUAGUCUUCUGAAGAUGUACCAGGAGCACCCUCAGCAGGAGCUCUGUUAGCAACAUUAUCUGCAGAUGCAUCAAGCAUUCCUUCAGUUAUAUCACUGCAGAAGCAUCAGAAACACCAUCAGCCCUAUUUUCUGCAAAUAAUAGAGAGCACUUUAAGUAGCAUUGUCUGCAGAAGCAGCAGUAGUUCUGUCAGAAACAACUGGAUAUCAUACUAUAUUCCUUCUAAUGUGUCAUGGCUUUAAUAACUAAGGAGGAAAAUAAUAGAUUCAGAUUUAUUAAGGCUUUAAAUCUGUGUGGUAGGAAGGUUCUGCAUAACACAUUCUGCUGGGGAACCCCGGAUAAAGUUGGCCAUGUAAGGCUGGAUGAAUAUUUAAAAAACUUAAAACGAACAUCAUCAGCAAACUAUUUAAAGCUCUCAAGGAGUCAAAGAAAGUUUAACAAAACACAGAAGAAAUUGAUUAAUAAGAGUUCAGAUGGAAGAGAGUUUGAUAUUCCAUUGCUGUGCCUGAGCAUUAAACUAGCUUGUGAGAAUGUAGCUCCUAUAGGUGAUGCAAAAUGGGACUCUCACAGCACAGAAAUGGAGUAUUACAUCACUGCAAUAAAGAACAUGAGAAAUGAUGCUCUUCAUGGCCAACUUGCAGUUGCCGAUAAAGAUUUUUUUGAAAAUAUAUCUGAACUUCGGGUGCUAUUAACUGGGUGUCUUAGUGCAUCUGGCGAGCGAUACGGGAAGGAUGAAGCCGAUGUGGUCGAGGAGAUCAACAAGAUAAACACUGAUCUUGACUUCAUCAUGAUUGAGAUUCUCGGGGAGGAAGACAUACUAAGGUAUUGUAGCGAUGAUAUAAAGCAGAUUAUCGUUAAGGACAGUUGUGAUAAACUGAAGGAGAUCUUCCAAAAGAUCAUUUAUGUCAACCCAGUAUCUUUUAUCAUUAAAGACUUUGAACUUAAAGUAGACAAAAUUUUUGUUGAUAUUGAGGUCCAACAAGGAAAACGUGGAAGUGAGGGUGAACAUGUAGAUUAUCGAAGCCUUCUUAAGCUUGUCCAAACUACAACUGUGCCAUCAACAAUGAGUACUGCUUCACAAAAUCUGGGACUCUCUGCGAGACCUCAACUUCUUCUUCUUGAAGGUUUGGCAGGAAGUGGCAAGACCACUCUAGUGACGCUGAUAACAGAGGAAUGGAUACAGGGUGGUCAAGGUCACAUCACUGGUUUAGAUAAUUAUGAAAUCCUGCUGUGGGUACAGUGCAGGGACCCGACCCUGAAUUCUUACCAGGGUCUUCUAGACCGCCUGAUACCAGAUGUUUCAACAAAAUUCAGAAAACUUCUGCCUCGAAUAAUAAAUCAUUGUAAAGUGCUAAUAAUCGUUGAUGGAUUGGAUGAAAUGAAUAAGAACUCUAGAUCAUUAAUCAAAAGCCUUUUAUACGAAUUCCAGAACUCUACUCACACAACUUUUAUAUGCACCUCAAGACCGGAAAAAGUUGAAAUGUUCAUGGCCACAAUCCCUGAAAAUUACCAAGUGAUAAAUGCAGAACUACAAGGCAUAGAUGAAAAUUAUAUAAUAGAGUUUGUGAGUAGGACUCAUGAAGAGAUAAAUAAUCGGACAAAGAGUAACAAAAACAUUAAAGAACUGAAAGAUAUAGUGCUAAAGGUUGAUGGUCUUGGAAAACACUUAAAACUUCCAAUGAAUUUAGCAUUUUUUGUUUACAUUUGGGACCAGUCAAGUGAUGAGAUAAAUAUAAUGACAGUAACUGAAACAGAACUCUACCAGAAAAUACAUGAACUUUGUCUAGAAAAGUUAAUAGAAAGAAUUGCGGAGUGUCUGAAGACGAAGGUAAUAGAUAAAUUGAACUUAAAGUACAGGAUUAAAGAAAUAUUGAGUAUGAUAUACAUGGCAUCACUUGAGAGCCUCUCACGUGAACAGUUAACCCUUGAAGAAAAAACUGUCUCCCGACUGAUAUCCGCUUGCAACAACCAUGAUAUACCGUACGAUGAAAUGUUUUCUGCAUUCUUGAGUUUGAAACCUAUCUGGACAUGGCAGGGCAUCUUGGAACGGUACUCUGCGCCCCACAAAGGAAUCCUAGAUUACUACAGUGCUCUGCAUAUUGUGAUGACACUCAAGAACCAGCUACAGUCUUCGGCUCUUCCACUCCCAUAUGCCCAGCAUCCAACACCACAUGUGUCUUCCCAAUCACCCGCCAGCAGUGCAUCACUCUCAUAUACUCAAAUUUUACCUUUCCCAUCCUCACCUACACCAGCACCACCUACACCAGCACCACCUACACCAGCACCACCUACACCAGCACCACCUACACCAGCACCACCUACACCAGCACCACCUACACCAGCACCACCUACACCAGCACCACCUACACCAGCACCACCUGUUAGCAUUAGGGAAGUCUUAGAACAGAGCGUCGUAGAAGCCAGGGUAGACAUAACUAAGUAUCACAAUGUUUUGCUACAUGUGGCUGGAUUGUUGCACUUAUUGCUAGAUCACGUGCCUGAGGCUCUCUUGAAGGAAGUUGUCCAUCUUUUGUCCGAGGCUGGGAUGAGGGGCAGGUAUGAGGACGAGAGUGAGUCUUUAUACAUGAACAACAAGGACAUGUUUGACAUGAGUAGCAUUGACAAUUGGCACCACCUCCUCGAGAACACCAAAUACAAUUAUGAAAUCGCCAGGGCCAUAGCCUCUUUCAUCAACACUGAAAACCCUGUAUACAUAAUGGAUAAUAAUGUGUGGAGCUGUAUGGCUCUCCUACCACACCUCAAACCAUGCGAAGUGCACAUUGAAAUCAGGAGAGAAUCAAGUUACGUACCCGGCCUGCCAGACCUGCUAGCUGCCCUCGGCCGCCAUUACCACCGCUGCACACAACUCCAACUGUAUUACCACUACAAGGAUGACAAAAAAAACGUCAUUUCCGAUGAUAUUCUACAGAGUUUACAGCCUCGGUGA